AUGCUUCCUAUCCAAACACUUGAUGUGAUUCAUAUGGAAAACAAUGAUCCAAAUCUCAUUUCAGAUAUUCCUCCAUCAAUAGGUAACAUUCGAAUUAAACCUUACAAGUCAUUAUUGCUUCCCAUUCCUUCCGAAUCAACCACACUAUACGACACUACGAGAUUUACCUACUAUGAAGUAAAAUUAUGGCCACAACAACAAUUAAAGAAUCUCUUUUUCGGAUUUGGAUUUACAGCGAAUACUGAACAUGUAAAAGAAGAUAUUGUUGGAUGGGAUGAAGACACAAUUGGAUUUCGCUAUGAUACUGGAAAUGUUUAUCAGGAAACGAGAUUUACUGCAUACAUUGCUAAUAAAGUGCAUUUAGCUGAUGUGAAGGGAGAUGAAGUGUUUGGAUUUUUGCUCGAUCAUGAAAAUGGUGAAUUCAAAGUGACAAGAAAUGGAAAAUUAUUGGAAAAUGCAUUAGGAAAUCGAUUUACCAAUGAAAAAUACAAAUCCAAGAUAUUCAAACCAAUGAUUAGUUCGAAAUGUGAACAAUCUUUCGAGAUGGAAAUCAAUCUUGGAUUAGAUCUUGUUAGAAAGCCAUUUUUAUACACAGAUAUGAUGUGUCUGAAACAGAGGAUGAAACUCUUUGGAAUGGGAAGAAAUUGCUCUGAUGUGAAUAUUGUCUGUACAAAAUGA